AUGCCCGAGAAAUCUCUCCAGGUAGCGACCUACGCCGCCGGCGCGUCGCUCGCCGCCAUAACGCUCAUCUACGUGUUCGCCCCGACAUACCUCCUCGACAGCGAGAACGCGGCGCGGUCCGGCAGCUCGCGCAAGCGCGGCGUCGUCGGCCUGUCCAACCCGGCCAACGACUGCUUCAUCAACAGCAUCCUCCAGGCGCUCGCGGGACUGGGCGAUCUGCGCGUCUACCUGAUCCGGGAGACGCACCGCCGGUCUCUGGGCGAAGAUGACGACGCCGCCAAUAGUAGCGAGACGACAUCGAACCGCCAUGACGCAACCUCCCCCUCGUCCGCAAAAUCGAUAUACAGAGUCGCGGUGCCGCACGGCGGGCUGCCCGAGUGGAAGAUACUAGGUCUACAGGGCGGCGUGGUCACGGCUGGUCUGAAGCGGAUUCUGGACCAGCUCAACGAGCGGCCAAUCGCCAAGAAGACGGCGUCGGCGCUGCCGUUCGUCAGGGACCUCGAGGGCGCUUUCAGGCAGCGCAUCAGCCGCCAGCAGCAGGAUGCCCAGGAGUUCCUGCAGGUCGUGGCGGAGCGUUUAUGUGACGAGUAUCAUGCCGGGCGGAGGGCAAGGCGCGCUGCUAAACGGAGGGAGGGUGGACUCGAGGGGGAUGGACGGGGGAUCGACCGGAGGAUAGAGAACUCUGCUGCUGUUGCGCCGACGGCAGCAGGCGCAGGGUCCAGCGGUACAGAUUCGGAAGAUCUUGGCGCAAUACAAACUAUUGCCAAGGGCGCUCAAGCCGAGGAUGACGACGAGGAUGAAGAAGGCUUCCCGAUGGAGGGCAAGUUCGAGUCGCAAAUCGAAUGCCUCACAUGCGGAUUCAAGCCACGCCCCAAGGAGGACACGUUUUGCACACUCACACUCAACGUGCCGCAGGUGUCCUCGACGACGCUCAACGCCUGCUUCGACGGCAUGUUCAAAACUGAGUAUAUUGAAGACUUCAAGUGCGAAAAGUGUCGCCUCGUGCAUGCCAAGGGCGUGUACGAGGUGGAGCUGUCCCGUCUGCCGGCCCAGGACACGGCACAGGCCGCGGCUAAGCGCCGGGCCAUCGAGCAGCUCCAGCAGGCCAUUGAGACGGACCCGGAGCGCACUCCAGAGGGGGUCCCACUGCCCGACGCGCGCUACGCCCCGAAGCGGCGCAUAGCGCGCCACAUCCGCAUGACGUCGUUCCCCAAGAUCCUGGCCGUGCACCUGUCGCGCUCCAUCUACGAGAGGAGCCAGUCGCAAAAGAAUUCGGCAAAGGUGGCGUUCCCGGAACGCCUCCCGCUGGGCGGCCUGCUGCACCGCCGCAAGUACAAACUCCUGGGCGUCGUGGCCCAUAAGGGCUCCCACCACUCUGGCCACUACGAGAGCUUCCGCCGCCAGAACCUGUACGCCCCCUACAGCACACCCAACGCCUUUGCCGGCGCGGGCGUCUACGGCAAGGGCGUUGGCGCCGCUGCCGGCAGCGUCGCCGCCACUCCGGCCACCCAGACGCCGCGCCUCGGCCCGCUGCAGAAAGGUGACGGCGCCAGCAGCAGCAGUCCCGCCGUCAGUACGCCGGAUCUGUCGCUCGGUGGUGGCACCGGGGCGGGGACGCCGGCCACGACGCCGAGCAACUCGUCGUCGGCCGACGAUGCGGGCGGUGGUGGCGGCGACAGCCCGACCACGCCGGCGCGGCCGUCGUCGAGCACCAGCAGGCUCGCGUCGCUGUCCCUGUCGCCGCGCAGGGAAAAGGACAAAGACAAGGACACGGACUCGUCCAGCCUCAGGUCAGUCGCGCGCUCGACGCUCUCCCGGAUGGCGGGGAGCAGCAGCCGAAGCGGGAGCAAGCGCCGAGGCACAGUAGGCGAGGAUCAGCAGCAGCAACCAAGUAGUGGCGGCACCAGCAAGCCUUCGGCACUCAGCUCCUCGUCCCCUCUGGCCAAGGCCAGCAGCAGGAGGAAGAAGGCCAAGAACCAGGACAACAUGUGGUGGCGGCUUAGCGACGAAAAGGUCAAGGAGGCCACGACAAAGGACGUCCUGGGCAUGCAGCGCGAGGUUUACCUGCUGUUCUAUGAGAUGGAGAAGGAAGACUAG